UUUUACUAAGCACUUUUUUUGCAUCCGUUACAUACAUUCGCUAUCUACAAUAAACCUGAUUGAUUUACAAUGAGAGCUGCUGAACUCUUGUCCCUUUUCGCAGCCACUUCGUUGGUAUCGGCUGCGGUGAUUCCCAGAGAUGAUGAAUCUUGGAAAACGCUUACCCCUUCCGGUUCAUAUCUUCCAGAUGCAACGACUGACUACGAUGGCUCCUUUGCAAUUUCCAUUAUUGUUCUCGAGACUCCAACUCCAGCUAAGAGAGAUGUUGCCAACCAAAUUGGUGAUGGUCAGGUCCAAGUCCAAACUACUGCUGCUGCUGUAGUCAACCAAAUCGGCGAUGGACAAAUCCAGCAACAGACUCAGACUGUUGCAGUAGUUAAUCAGAUCGGAGAUGGUCAGAUCCAACAACAGACUCAGACCGUAGCAGCUGUUAACCAGAUCGGAGAUGGCCAAAUCCAACAACAGACCAAUACUAUCGGAGAUGGACAGGUCCAGGCUCAAACUGCUACUGUUGCUGGCCAAAUUGCAGACGGACAAGUUCAGGCUACCCCUGCUGCUCAAGCAGCCGACGGACAAGUUCAAUCUAAUGUUGUGGUCUGUGUGGCUGCUGACUCUUUAACUGCAACCUUACAGGGCAGCAUCCUUCGUGACAACAAGGGAAGAAUUGGCGCCAUUGUUGCUAACAGACAAUUCCAAUUCGACGGUCCACCACCACAGGCAGGUUCCAUUUAUGCAGCUGGCUGGAGUAUUGUUCCAGACGGAAACGGUGGACAGCAAUUGGCAUUGGGUGACCAAACCACUUUCUACAGGUGCUUGUCUGGUGACUUUUACAACUUGUACGACGAAAGCAUCGGAGGACAAUGUUCUCCCAUCGAAAUUGCCAUUUUGAAGGCUACCACAUGUUAG